AAGCAUUACGCUAUGUCUGUGCUUUCUCUCUCUCACUCUCAUUGGUGACUUAUUUUCCCUGAUCGGAAACAAAAGAACCAAUUCUCUCCCCCAAUCAACACUCUCCCACUCCCAAACUGUAACAAACAAAUGGCAAGGGAGAAGAUUCAGAUCAAGAAAAUCGAUAACGCCACGGCCAGGCAGGUCACCUUCUCCAAACGCAGAAGAGGGCUAUUCAAGAAAGCAGAGGAACUUUCCAUUCUCUGUGACGCCGAUGUUGCCCUCAUCAUCUUCUCCUCAACUGGGAAGCUCUUUGAGUAUGCUAACUCAGGCAUGAAGGGAAUAUUAGAAAGGCGUAAUUUGCACUCAAAGAAUCUAGAUAAGUUGGAACAACCAUCACUUGAGCUGCAGCUUGUAGAGGAUAGCAACCACUCCAGGCUAAGCAAAGAAAUUGCAGAGAAAAGUCACCGACUGAGGCAAAUGAGGGGAGAGGAACUCCAAGGAUUAGGUCUCGAAGAAUUACAGCAUUUGGAAAAGUCUCUCGAAGCUGGAUUAACCCGUGUCAUACAGAAAAAGGGUGAUAAGAUAAUGACAGAAAUCAGUGACCUUCAAACAAAGGGAAUGCAAUUGAUGGAAGAGAAUGAGCGCUUGAGACAGCAAGUUUUACAGAUAUCUAAUGGCCAGAAACAAUUAGCUGCUGAUUCCGGAAAUGUGAUAUAUGAAGAAGGCCAGUCAUCGGAGUCUGUAACCAAUGUUUGCAUCUCCAACAGAACUCCACACGACCAUGAUGACAGUUCAGAUACAUCCUUGAAGCUGGGGUUACCAUAUGUUGGUUAAGAGGGAAAGUAAGACUAAGCAAGGGUCUGUAGUUUUGGGAAUUUUGGUUCUUAUUAAUUAAUGAAAUCUGAAGCUAACCCAUUGUAUGUCUAAAUUGUAUUAGUAAUCCAGUUACAAGAACUCUCUUGUACGUUGUCUUCCAUCGGGUAUAAUUGUGUGUACACUAUAUGUAUCAAUGAGAACAUAAAUAUUUCAUUCAUGA